GACUUUUAAUGCUUUUCCAGAAGUAUAGCAAGAAAGAGAAGAUACCAAUCAAACAAAGAUAAACAGUAUGCAAAGUAGUAAAUAAAGGGGUCAUUGAAUAUGGACCCAUGCCUGCAAGUGCCAUUACUUUGCUCUCAAGACCAAUCAACUCCCAAGUCCCCCCUUACAAUUUGGUUGAGUGAAUGAAUUCAAGCUUAAAGCUUAAUAUUAAAACCCAUUUCCUUGUUUCCUUGCAUCGAAGGAAACAGCUUAGUUAAAGUGCUCUCUUUUGUCUCAUGAUUGAGUAGAGGAAGAGAAAAAAAAAAGACAUGGGGAAUUGUGUUACAGUUUACAAGAAUAAAGAUCCUGCAGACAUUGAUCUUAGUGCCCGAAUUCAAUCACCCAUUAAGGAGAACAAUGUUAGAAGGGAGCCCUCAAUUGUUGGAUACGAUUCCAGGCUUCAGCCUUCAUCUAUGGAACAAGAAACUAGUUUACAAGAGAUGGGUAACACAGAGGAGAGCUUUUUUGAUUCACAACCUUCGUUAGAAUCUGACUUUGAAGAUUUCUUCAGUGCCAAUGGUGAUUCCGCCUCUUCUUCGGGGAACAGUCCAAACCACCAGAAAAGCAACCAUUCGAUGGAGGGUGCGGUGGAUGCACAUGGGGAGUCUCCAACUGAUACAAAGAAGCAACUAAUCGAGUUAUUUCGUGAGAGCUUGGAUAGUGAUGAUGAUGGAAACUCAGCUGCUGGAAGUAGUAAAGCGACACCAUACAGGAGACACCUCCCAAGGAAAGACGUGAAAGCAGCGGAGUCUGCGCAGUGCUGCCUUCCAAGUUUGGUGCGGAACAUGAGCUUUGGUGAAAGAAAGAAACGGCUACCAAGCCCUGCUGCCCAAUAUUAAUGGAUGGGUUGGAUUUGGUAAGGUAAGCUACAUAUUUACUUUGUAUAAAUCUCUUCACAAGUUAUCAAGAUUAGCAUGUUUGAAAAAGGUACAAUCUUAAACAAACACUAGUUAUUUACAACCACCACAAUCCUAUGCUUUUGUUACCCAAACUCGGGUGUAAAUGUAUUCUAUAAUGAAAAGUGAAAAGUUGAACUAA